AUGGCCUCUCAGCAACCCUCCGAAGCUUGCUGCAAUGUCCCGCCCAUCGUGGCCGAGGACUACGCCUACAAAGGCCAAUACAUUGUUGUCGACGGGAUGAGGACCUACACCACCGGCCCCGCCAACGCCAAACGCGCCCUCCUGAUCGUCUAUGACAUCUUCGGCUUCUUCCCUCAGACUCUGCAGGGCGCCGACAUCCUCGCCUUCUCCGACUCGGAGCACCCCUACCAAGUCUUCAUGCCGGACUUCUUCGAAGGCCAGCCGGCGGACAUUUCCUGGUACCCGCCGGACAAUGACGACAAGGGCAAGAAGCUCGGCGCCUUCUUCAAGGGCCCCGCCGCACCGCCCAAGACGGUCGAGCGCAUCCCCAAGGUCGUCAAGCUCCUCCAGGACAAGGACCCGCAUAUCGAGAGCUGGGGUAUCGUCGGGUAUUGCUGGGGCGGCAAGAUUGUCAAUCUGAGCUUGCAGGAGGGCACGCCGUUCAAAGCGGGCGCGGCGGUGCAUCCGGCCAUGGUGGACCCGAAGGAUGCGCCGGGGAUUACGGUGCCGGUUGCGAUGCUGCCGAGCAAGGACGAGGAUAAAGAGGCUGUGGAGCAGUGGCAGAAGGGGCUGAAGGUUGAGAAUCUUGUGGAGUGGUUCCCUGACCAGGUGCACGGGUUCAUGGCUGCUCGCGGCGACCUGAAGAAAGAGAACGUUCGCAAGGAGUACCAGCGCGGCUACAAGGUGCUGCUCGACUUCUUCCACAACAACCUGCCGCCUUUCUUGUGA